UUCUCUCAUGUUCUUUUCCUCGUCGCCAGUCUCUCUCAUGUUCUUCCUCAGAAGUCGGAACAACACCUGCUCCUCAUCCAAAUCGAGCUUCUCUCUCAAAUCCAUGGCCUGGACCCGUGACACAGCUUAGCCCAUUCCCGUUGCUGUAGGUUUCGCCCCCAACUCCUCCUCGCUCCACGGCGGCACCGCCGCUUUCUUCCAGCAUGUUCAAUCCGGCGAACCCCUCAUACCGGUGGGAGAAAGGCUGCGCGCCAACCAGUGCCAGGUCCUCCUCUCCUCCCCGCGGCGAGACGGCGCCGAGCGGCUCAUCGAUGACCUCCUCGUCGACAUCCUCUCCCGCGUCCCCACCAAGUCGCUCUGCCGCUUCAUGUGCGUCUCCAACCAUGUCCGGCUUCUUCUAUGGCCGCACCAUCACCGAGGACCACGAGUGGCUCCCGGGACCACCCGUCCACUUCACCAGUGCCCCAGGGAGAUGCGGCCUGCCGAUCGACACCUCCUGCGCCUUCCUGCCCAACCACCGCCGCGUCGAUCUGCUGGACUGCUGCAACAUCCUCCUCCUCUGCGGCUGCCGCUGGUAUGGCCUCUCCGCCGAGGCUAGCGAGUUAUCUCGUGUGCAAUCCGGCCACGAAGAAGUGGGUCCUGCUGCCGGACUCCUGCUAGGCCACCAUACAUUUGGGCUUGAAUCCGGCUGUGUCGUCGCAUUUGUAUGUGUUUGAGCUGCUUUUUCUUUUGGAAAUGGAGGCGUACCCCCGCCUCUCUGCAUCGUAAUGAUGCAUACAGUCAUCUUAUUAAAAAAUCCACGAAGUAGUACAAAGUCAAAAAGAAGUAUUACAGCUCGCAAGCGAAGCAAAGCAAAUGAAUAAAA